AUGAAGUCAAUCCUGUUGAGCGCAUUGCUCCCGGCAUUGGCGAACGCGGCAACAACUGGAAAGUUCACUGCACUGAGCUUCAAUGUUGCGGGUCUACCCUCUAUUCUCCAAUCAAACGAUGUCAACGGCACCAAGACCGAGAAUGCAAAGCAGCUCGGUAUCUACUUUUCGCAGUAUGGCUACGAUAUCAUCAACAUGCAAGAGGAUUUCAACUACCACGCCUACAUCUAUGAGACCGAUGACCAUGCCUACCGGACGGCAACUUCUGGCGGUGCAGCGAUCGGAAGUGGUCUAAACACAAUUUCCAACUAUGAUUGGAUCGACUUCACCCGCGUGAAAUGGAACAAAUGCUCCGAUGCAUCCGGGUCGGAUUGCUUGACUCCCAAAGGACUCACUUUCAUGCGGUGGAACCCCGCGGACGGAGUCUAUAUUGAUUUCUACAACAUUCACGCAGAUGCUGGUACCGAGGCCGACGAUGAAACCGCCCGUAACGCCAAUUUGCAGCAGGUCGCUGAUUAUAUCGAUACCUGGUCCAUUGGAAACGCGGUUGUCGUGAUGGGCGACACCAACAGUCGCUACACGCGCGCAGAUGACACCGGUAUCCGUGUCCUCAAGUCCCAAAGCAAACUUGCAGAUUCGUGGGUUGAGCUUGAGAAAGAUGGAGUCUACCCCACCGCCGGUGCUGAUGCUCUGCUUUGCGAUAACCCAUCUUCGGAUCUCACAUGCGAGACGGUCGACAAAAUUUUGUACCGUGGCUCCAACCUCGUGACGCUGAAGGCUGACAGCUUUGACUAUAAUGGCGACAAGUUCACAAACACUGAUUCCGAGUACCUGGGCGAUGUUCUUUCGGACCAUAACCCUGUCCUUGUGAACUUUACCUGGUCGCUUAGCUCUUCACUGCGACAGAGCCAGUUCUCUGGUGGUCCUCAUGGAACUUGGUUUAGUGAUGUGCCGAGUUUGCCGAGUUCUCCCUCUGUUUCUGUGAUUACGUUCCGUGGUGAGAAUAGAGUUGAUAAUGUCGCCGUGAAGCUGGCUGAUGGCACGAUAUUCAGCCAUGGAGGAACUGGGGGCUCGGAAGUCUCGCUUACUCUUGGUUCUGGGGAAUAUUGGACGCAGACUAAGAUCUGCACUGGCAAGUAUAAUGACCAAACUCGUCUCUUCUAUAUUCAAGCUACUACCAGUGUUGGUAAUACCUUGGAAACGGGAGUUUCAACGAGUGACUGUCAGACUUACACUGCUCCUGAUGGUUUUGCGGUUGUUGGAUUCAUGGGCCAGGACGGUGAUGAGGUUGACCAAUUGGCUCUACUCUAUGCAGCCUACUAG